CUAUUGUGUAUUUAAGAUAGAAAGGUUAGCUUAUGAUAUCAUAACUCACGGUGUACAAGUACAUGAAUAAUAUAUACUACCUUUCAAUUUUUAUUUACAAACAAUUCUAUGUAUUCAUGAGUACCGGUAUAUAGAGAACUAAUCUACGGAUUAACAUGGCAAUGAAACAGUACUAAGACUAAAAAUUACUGGUUUCUGAUGUGUCAUAAACCUAUCUUUUUACUUACAAAAUUCAGGAUAUUUGUUUGAGAACAUUUAAUGAUACCCUUUGCAUAAUGUGAAGAAGAAAAUAAAAAAAUGUUGAGAAAGUGUGUGAUAUUGUUACUAAUUGUCUGGGUGAGAUCAAGCAACUCACAAAUCAGGCCCAAGGCCCUUCAAGAAAACUGUGUUGAUUUUGUUGAACCUUUCACACAGGUAUUUUGUGGAGAUCCAGUCAAUCUAAGCAGCUGUAUUUUAUUGAGUUGGGUUUGUGAUAACUCUACUGACUGUCCAAAUGGGCUAGAUGAGACUGAUGCUACUUGUAGGGGAGGAAAUUCUUGUUUACUUAACCCUUGCCAAAAUGGUGCUUCUUGUUACUUUUUUGCUGCUGUGCCAAAUGUCAGUGUUGCUUACCAUAUCUGUGGAUGUGCUACUGGCUACACAGGAUUGUCAUGUGAAAUUCCACUACCAACUACUGAAGCAUCGGCAACCAGGUCAUCUUCUGAGGCAGCAACUACACAACCAUCUACAAAUGAAGCAACUACUAUGUCCACAACUGCACAACCAUUUUCAACGGAGGCAACAGCCACCCAUUCACCUAUAACUACACUACCAUCUACAACUGAACCAGCAACUACACAACCUUCUACAACUGAACAAGCAACUACACAACUUUCUACAACUGAACCAGCAACAACACAACCACCUACAACUGCAGCAGCAACAGCACAACCUUCUACAACUGAAUCAGCAACAACACAACCUUCUACAACUACUGAAGCAUCGGCAACCAAGUCAUCUUCUGAGGCAGCAACUACACAACCAUCUACAAAUGAAGCAACUACUAUGUCCACAACUGCACAACCAUUUUCAACAGAGGCAACAUCCACCCAUUCACCUAUAACUACACUGCCAUCUACAACUGAGUCAGCAACUACACAACCUUCUACAACUGAACGAACAACUACACAACUUUCUACAACUGAACCAGCAACAACACAGCCACCUACAACUGUGGCAGCAACAGCACAACCUUCUACAACUGAACCAGCAACAACACAACCUUCUACAACUACUGCAAAGACUACACAACCAUCUACAACUGAGUCAGAAACAACACAACCUUCUACAACUGUGGCAGCAACUACACAACCAUCUACAACUGUGCCAACAAUUACACUACCUUCAACAACUGUGGCAGCAACUACACAACCAUCUACAACUGAAGCAGCAACUACACAACCACCGACAACUGAGUCAGCAACAACACAACUUUCAACAAAUACCCUACCAUCUACAACUGAGGCAACAACUACACUGCCAUCUACAACUGAUGUAGCAACUACACAACCAUCUAUAACUGUGGCAGCUACUACACAACCAACGACUAUUGUUACAAUUACUACUACUCAACAAACAACUGUUACGCAAACAACCACUACACAAUCAUCUCCUACCAUUAGCAUCGAAACAUCUGAGUCAACUAUAACAACUUCAUCUCCCAUCACUGAAUGUACUUCUAAACCAUGUGUUCAAGGGGUUUGUACUCCUUUGCCUAAUAACCAGAUUCAUUGCAGCUGUAUACCAGGUUACGGAGGAGACAGAUGUGAUCAGGCUAUAAGUCCAUGUAGUUCUCUCCCUUGUCUAAAUAAUGGCAUAUGUCAAAAUGUAAAUAAUGCCUUUAACUGUACGUGUAGACCAGGUUAUACAGGUAGACAAUGUGAAACCAAUAUAAAUGAAUGUCUUACCACACCUUGUAAAAAUAAUGCUACAUGUACUGAUUUAGUUAAUAGUUUUAACUGUUCCUGUCAACAAGGAUAUACAGGUCCAACUUGUGAGUCACUGGUAGAUAAUUGUGCUACAACACCCUGUCGGUUUAAUGGAGUAUGUCAGAAUAGAUUAAAUGAGUAUGUUUGUAAUUGUCCGGCAUCUAGAGCAGGCAAGCAAUGUGAAAGACAACAGCUAUGUACAGUAGAUCCGUGUUUGAACUAUGGAAUUUGUUUCCCUGCAAACUUACCCGGUUCAAAUCCUACAUGUACAUGUCUACCAGGAUUUACAGGAUUAUUAUGUGAUGUUAAUAUCAACGAAUGUCUGACUAAUUCAUGUGGUCCAAAUGGUAAAUGUAUUGAUGGUAUUAAUGAUUUUACUUGUGAAUGUUUACCUAAUUAUACUGGUAACAGAUGUGAAAAUGUAUUAGACCCCUGUGAAUCAAGUCCCUGUAAAAAUGGUGCUGUUUGUUGUAGCAGAGGAAGAGAGUUUUGUGCUAAAGAUCUAGCUAUUGGAUAUUAUGAAUGUUAUUGCGUGUCAGGGUAUACAGGAAGUCAUUGUGAAAUUCGAGCAGAUCAAUGCACAGCAUCACCAUGUAAAAAUAGAGGUCUCUGUACUCAAAGAGCUGGUGAAGCCUAUUGCACUUGUCCGCUAACCCAUUCUGGACCAAGAUGUGAGGAUGAACAACCUUGUGCUGUACAGCCAUGUUUAAAUGCAGGUACAUGUCAAGUAGUAAGUGCUGGCUACCAGUGUUCAUGUUCAACUGGUUAUUCUGGCAAUAAUUGUGAGAUAAAACAAGCAUGUUCUGUUAAUAAUUGUCAAAAUGGAGGCACAUGUUCAGUAGUGGACACUAGUGAGACUUGUCAAUGUACGUCUGCUUAUACAGGAACAACAUGCGAAAGUUAUCUCCCCUGCUUUUCCAAUCUAUGUAAAAAUGGAGGCCUGUGCACAUCAAAUGGAUCUCAAUUUGUUUGUUCUUGUUUAAGUGGGUUUACAGGUACCCUCUGUGAAUCUAUUUUACCAUGUUCUUCACAGCAGUGUGUUAAUGGUGGAACCUGUUUGAAUGAUGGAAACACAUUCCAGUGUGUUUGUCCAACUGGCUUCACAGGAACUAGAUGUGAACAAAGAUUAUUCUGUAGCAGUAUACCAUGUUUAAAUGCUGGAGUGUGCAGGGAGGGAACUUCUAAUUUUACUUGUGUAUGUCCUGUCAGUUAUACAGGAAAUCGAUGUGAAACAUAUUUACCAUGCUCUAGUGGUCCUUGUCAACAUAACUCAGUAUGUUCCAACCUGAAUAAUUCAAUGUACCAAUGUUGGAACAACCAGUAG